AUGGCAGAAAUUCUCGGUCUGGCUUCCAGUAUCAUCACAAUAGUGGAGGUGGCUGGAAAGCUCGGCACCAACACCAUUCGACUCAAGCGAUUAUGGGACGAAGUACAGGAUGUCCCAGCUAGUAUUCAGAGAUGUAUCGAGCAAUUGGAGAUCUUGGCCCCCGCCAUCGAGGAAAUGGACCACGAGUUUGAAAAGACCCGGAAUAUGAUACAGAACGACUCGGCUGCCAAGCGAAGCCUUGAAUAUUCACGGAAAGCGGUAGAGACUCUCGACACGUUGGUCAGAGACAUGGAGACACAGAUCAGCGCGGCAAAGGCCAGUAGGAGACUGGUAGCUCAGCUCAAAGUCAGGAUCAAAAGAGACGUGAUUGAAGAUCACCAGCAUCGACUCACAUCAGCCCUUCAAUUGCUGUCUCUUUCCCAACAAACCUAUUUGAUUGCUUUAUCGCGCGCCCAACCCGAAAUCAUCAUUUCUGAAAUAAGAAAUUGGCGGGACUCAGAAUAUCAGAAGCGAAUUUCUUUAGCCAUUGAAGAAGACGACCAGUCUAUAGAAGGUGAACGACCUGGAGAGCCACAAGUCGCAGAAUCUCAAGACUAUGUCAAGUCUUCUGUAUCUAGUGAUUUCGAUUUGUGGUCCGCCAAAAGGCGAUUGCCACAAUUACGACCCAGUCUACUAGGCAGCUUCGCUUUCCACUCUUACGAGGUUGCCGAAAGCUCUUCAAUCCACUAUGUGCCAGACAAGGCACGAUUCUUUCAAACAAGGAUUCAUAUGCCGUGGUUCAUAAAAAGAUCCUGGGACUUGUCAGUCCUUCGGGCGUCAACCGGGUGGACUUUUCAACUGAACACUAGAAACAUUCGUCCCUGGAAUGCUAAAAUAUUUGCGGCCCUCCUAUGUGGGGAAGUUGAACAUACUAUUGAACUUCUCAAGAACAAAGAGGCAUCAAUAUAUGACGUUAGUCCUAAUGGACGCUCAUUGCUUCAUGUUGCGACUUUGAGCGAACAUAUCGAAUCCAUCAAGGCUCUCCUCCUCAUGGGAAUGAAAGUUUCUGACAUUGAGCCAUCGGAUCUAUUUAGCUUUAUAUACUCCUGCUUCUGGGAAGAUCCUCAAGCAAAGAGCCCAGUGGAGCUUGGCCGUCAAUGGUUAAAAGAAAUAGGGGGUAUAUCAACCGAGCAUCUGAACAAUCAGUACUUCUCUCGUACCUUCUGGGGAGUACCAAGCGUGUACACUCUUUUGUCGGAGACAGGAUCUGUUCGUCAAAUGUUGCCCUCAUUUUCCUGGACCUGUGUCAACCCAGCGGUUCCUUUGGAACUGUUGAAGAGCGGUCUCGCUGUAGCCGCUGACUUCCCCCGGUGCAUCUGUUCAUCAGGUCCGGAUGGUAUUUGCCGCUGCUAUACUUCGAGUCUCAUGUUCCAGUAUUUCCAUGCACUCUUGAACAACGACAAGAGCUUCCCUGACUGGAGGCGCUUAGCAAGAAAGGCACUACUGGGAGUUUCGCCCUUGGAUAUCGUUCAUCCCCAUGAGGGAGCCUUCUGUAGUCUUACUAGUAUCCUAAAAGCACUAUGGAAGCGGCAGUUCCGACUCUUCCCUUUUGCAAGGUGGAUACAAAACGCUGUUACUCUAUGGCUCGAAGAUGUUGCAGCGGCCGGCAUCAACCUCGAAGAGUAUAUGAAUCUAGAAUUAUUAUACGGCCUGAACUUCCAAAAGAAUGCCGUGUGUAAGGACAUGAAAAUGAAGAUUCGACCAGGGGCACGUUUACCGGAGUCCGGGCCUUCACUGGUAAUUCUGUCAGUUGGACCAUGUGCUGGUGAUUGGUCUUUCUCCUGGGAUCCCUGUGUGGAAGAGCUAUCUGGCGACUUCUGGACAGCGAUUGAAGAUAUUCCAAUAAAGGUGCCUGGAGCUUGGGUAGAUGAGCGACCUGAAGACUUUGAGUCUCUUGUGGGAGGCCACCGAUUAUGUUGGCUCUGGCGGUACGCUACAUAUACGUUCAAGAUGGCGAUUGGAGACAUUCAGAAGAAAAAACAUCAGCAACAGAUGCGAUCGCGAGGGCCAGAGUGGACAGAGCGGAAAGAUCGCGAGAGUUUACAAAUACGAGGAAUGAUGACGUGCGGGGAGUUUCCACCUCAUUAA